ACCCGCUUUGGAUUAUUAUUAUCGCUGUGAGAAUUGCCCGUGCUGGUAGUAACCAUACAUACCUUGUAUUUGUUUUUUUUGUCCAUUUUGGAUGUAUGUUAUUGACCAACGUCCACGCAGCGAAAGCGUCCCAGAAAGGCUCUGACAAGGCUCACUGCAAGCAGCACAAACCUCCUGGAUACAGCUUCAACAACGAAGCGGGUUUGGGAAUCUGGUACCAGUACAUGUACGGCCCCCCGGACAUGAAGUACCUGCGGGAUCGGCUGACCAAUGCCAUGGAAGACAACCGCCGCAUUGGCUGGUUGCCCGGCCAGAGUGCCUUCGUCCAGUCCUUCCACGUUACGGCGCGUCUGAACAACCCGCCCUACACCUGCUGGAAAUCAUACGGCAUACAGAACACCACCAAACAGGGAUUCUGCUACGGAUCGGCCUACUUCAAAAACGCUCCCUUUCCAGACGGCGAGCGAGCAACGUUCUACAAAUUGUACAUGAACUCCACGUUCACGUACGCGCGCUCCUUCUGCUUCGACAAGGGCUCGGAAACGGUAACUGCGGAAAGCUGCGCGGAACCCGGCAUCUCUGUCUGGACGCGCAAGAAGCCCCAGCAGAUCACCGCAGCGGAAGACCGACGUAUCCGUCAAAUCCUCGAACAACAUCUGCAACUGUACUGCAUGACGUCCGCCGACAUGGUCAAAGUGCCGCAGGUCAACCUGCCGGUUUGCCAAGUCGACGAACCGUCAGCCGCGUACAAGAAGGAGCUGACGCAGGCCCAGCGUCUGGCCCGCUGA